CCUUGAAAAGAUAGUGAAAUUGCAAGCCCUGAGGGUAUAUAAAACAGACACACUUUCUAGCUGUUCUAAGUUUCUGAACUUAUUUCAGUUCACAAUGAAAAGUCUUAUAUUAUUCGCUGCCAUUUUUGCAGCAGUGUCUGCACUUCCUAGAGGCAAUGAUACUGAGCCUAAAGGUUGGUAUGUUCCAGUUAAAGGCGGAAAGUUCCAAUGGGUUUCGAGGGACGAGUACGAAAAUGCACCAGUUCCGGAAAUGAGAAAAAGUGCUGAAGUGAAAUUCUAUUUGUACACCAAGUCUAAUCCUACAAGUCCCAAACAACUGUAUUUGAAUGAUAAAGGAACUCUGUCAAGUUCCAACUUCCGUGGUUCCUUACCAACAAGAGUUAUAAUUCACGGAUGGGAAAAUGAUUUCAAAUCUGCCGUUAACACUGACAUUCGUUCUGCCCUCCUCAAUAUUGGGUCGUUUAACGUUAUCUGUGUCGAUUGGAGUGACAAGUCUGUUUCGCUGAAUUACGCUGGUUCUAAAAAUGCUGUACCAGAUGUAGGCCGACAAGUUGCUAAUUUCCUUGACUUCCUUAGCGCUCAAGGUGGUAUGUCUUUCAAUAAGCUGACCAUCAUUGGACACAGUUUGGGAGCUCAUGUUGCUGGAUUUACUGGUAAACAAGUGACCAGAGGCAAAGUGAAUACUAUUAUCGGUCUAGACCCUGCUUAUCCCCUCUUCAGCUAUUCGGAUAGUUCGAAGAGGUUAUCCAGCAGCGAUGCUACAUAUGUGGAAUCUAUUCAAACUAGUGGAAGUUUGUUGGGCUUCUUGGAACCCAUUGGCAAGGCUGCUUUCUAUCCAAAUGGAGGCAAAUCGCAACCAGGAUGUGGAAUUGAUUUAACCGGAUCAUGUGCUCACUCAAGGUCUUACCAAUACUAUGCCGAAGCAGUCCAAAGAAACAAUUUCAAAAGUAUCGGCUGCUCAGAUUAUAACGCUGCUGUUAAAAACAAGUGUGGAAAUUCGUUCAGCAAUAUCAGAAUGGGUACUGGCUAUGGCAAUUCUGGAGUUUUUUAUGUUCCAAUUAACAAAAAAUCUCCAUAUGGAACGGGCUAAGUUUUCAAAUUGAUUGAAUUAAAUUGAUAACGGACUUUCUUUUUCUAAUAAAAAAGUGUAUUU